AUGUAUUAUACGCUAAGUAUCGGCAAAAAGUACAUCAAAAUUGUGUGCAUUUUAUGCGUUAUUUUAGUCAUAACUCUAUUCAUCCACACGUUUGCAGACAAACACCACAACAAACCACAUGUCAAUGCAAUCGACGAUCAUUUGGACACUUUUGCGGAUCAAUUGAGUGGUGAUCUAGUAUUCAGUGAUGCAAACAGUGAUAACAUCACCGGAUUUAAGACCCCGAUUGUGCCCAAUGUUGUCCAUUACGUGGUGUUGGAUAACGUAUACAUGGAUUUCAUACACUUUGUGUCCAUUAAGUCGGUGUUAAGACACCAGAAGCCGCAGAAGAUUAUCAUUCACUGUAACUGUCAUCACAUGAAAGGCAAGUAUUGGUCGCAACUGAUGAGCGGAUCCGAUGGACACCUGAUUCAUGUGAGACAUAUCCAGAAACCGGUGACUAUUUUCGGCAAAAAGUUGUCGUCAGUCUAUCACAUGGCAGACAUCGUCAGGAUUCAAGUGAUGAUCACUUUUGGCGGUAUAUUCAUCGAUAACGAUGUCUAUGUGGUCAAGAGUUUGGACCCAUUCCUCAGGUUUGAGUUCACUAUCGGUUGGCCACCAAACGAGUCAAUAGGCAAUCAGGUGCUCAUUGGUCACAAAAACGCCCGGUUCCUGAAGUUGUGGUACGAGUCGUACCACAAGUACCGGCCCACCCGUUGGUACUACAACGCGGGACAACUGCCCACAAGUGAUAUAUUAGGUCCCAAACCAUCGCUGGUCCAUAGGGUCAGCCACGCCUUCGGUGUCCAUAACUUAGUGCCAAUGCUUUACAACGAUUUGUACCCCUUUUGGGACAACAACUUCUUCGCCAUUCAUUUACUCGCGAGACAUAAGUCUUAUUUAGUGCCCAAUGAUAUGAUCACAACAUUCAAUGAACACAAUAUUAAGACUUAUAACAAGACUUUCGGCCAAAUGGCGAGACUUGUGUUGUUCGGCACCACAGAUAUCAUUGCCGAUCAUUGA